AUGGGCGCGGUGAAGGUUGGUUUGAUCUAUGUGAACCCUGAGGGGCCUUUGAACGACCCGAACGAUUUGAACAGUGGGCAAAACCCAGAUCCUGAGAAGAGUGCCGUCGAGAUUCGGGAGGUGUUCGGCCGCAUGGGGAUGAACGAUUCUGAGACAGCUUCGCUGAUAGCAGGUGGCCAUGCUUUCGGCAAGUGUCAUGGUGCUGGCGUUAUGACGAGUGGCUUCGAGGGGCCGUGGACGACAACUCCUUCUCAAUGGACCAACCAAUUCUUGACUGGAAUGCUUGAUGAGGAGUGGGAGCAAGUCGCAACUCCAUCUGGGUCGGCGGUGCAGUGGCAGACGAAGGACAGGACCAGCAUCUUGGCUGGAACCAUGCGUCUGACAGCAGACUUGGCUCUUGUGAACGAUGAUGCGUACCUGGCGUUAGCGAAACAUUGGGUGUGUGACCAGCAGAAACUUGACAUAGCGUUUGCCGCGUCUUGGAAGAAGCUCGUGGAGUCUGGCGGUGGAUGGUUGCCCGUGGAAGACAGGAGGUGCGAGCCUGAGUCCAAGGGAACCAUGGCCACGCCGAUCACGCAGGCCACUUGUGCCACAGGUCCAGACUUCGCCGGCGCUGCUUUCUGCAAUCUGCACCUCGUAAGUUUUAGUGAUCGCAACCUGUUUGACCGUAAAGUCGCAAAUCUCAAGCACAUUGUUCGCAUUUGCGAUGUCGCGUGCUUCAGCGAGCUUCACGAGCGGGUGAUUUGCUACAUGAGUUGCACAGGCUUCAUGGGGAGGCAUUGCGAGAGCAGGACUUGCCUCCAGGUCACCGUGAUGAACCUUGAGAUCCAGGAGCAGCUCGAGCUGCUGGAGGCGCAGGGGAGGAUAGAGGCGCGCGCAAACGGGACCGGCUGGGACUACGAGGCGAUAUUCACCUUUCGAGCUGUUCUUCAUGGACGGGAAGCGCUCUGCAAGGGUGUUCGAGACUUACGUGGAGCACGUGCUGGACCAGUAUGCUGGAGAUAUCCCACCUGGCUGCAGCCGGGACGACGGCGUGCCAGCCUGUCCGUGGGAACUGCAGUCGACGUUCCAGCCGAAAGAAGGACUGCAAGGGCCGGUUACCACGGUGAACGUGCUGAAGGCUGGACACAGGGCCAUCUUCGGGGCCAGGAACUCGUCCCACCUCUACCAGUUCAACCUCAACUCAGGUCAGCCAGACAUCCAGUUUGGACGACACGCGCCGGGGACCUUGAGCGACUACGGAAUUCUUAUCGCUGGCACUGGCAAGGGUACAGUAACUUCAUCGGCAUUAAUGCUGGACGGGCAGCAAGGAGCAGUUGGCUACAGCGACGGGCAAAUUACGGUGUUCAACGUCGGCGACAUCUAUUACCCACCGAAGAGUUCUGUUCCAGGCGCUCACUCUUUGAUGGACAGCGCGGUGAACGACAUCGCCCCAAUGCCUUCGUGGUGUAUCGGAUGUUGCUUGCAAUGCACAACGGUUGGACGCUUAUUUAUCAGUACGGCAACGGCGGGAUCGUCCGCUUCCCGCGGAACUACACCACGAUGAAUGAGUCCAUCGCCUUGCGCCAGGAGAUGAUCCAGGAAGCGUACAACAUACGUUUUUCGAGAGGAAGCAAUCCCCCACCUCAAGACCAGGUCGAUCAGUUCUACGCGGAGAUUCCGGAAAGAAUUCGGAAAGAAUUUGGGAACUUGUCCUAUGAAAACGAGGUCAUCAAGGCAUCAUGGACAAAUGAACGCUACGAUUCACCUGUCAAUGCCGUCGUGUACGUGCCGAUCAGUACCAAGUUCGCCACUGCCCACGGGGAUGGCAAAGUGCGGUAUUGGCAAUCAAUGAGCGGCACCCAAUUGUACCAGAUGAAGGGUCACAAGGGGCCCGUCAACGCGCUGGCAGCGCACCCAACGAAGGAGAUGGUCGCGUCAGGAGGUCAAGAUGGCACCGUGCGCGUGUGGCUCUUCGAGGGAGAGGGCAAGGAAGUCAUGCUCUGGGACCAGAGCGAAGGAGGCCCCGUCCGCUCGCUGGCGUUCCUCCCCGGCGGGGUCGCCCUGAUCGCCGGCAGCGACGACGGCAUCCUCCGCAGGUACGACAUGAGAAGCGGGGAGCUUGUUUGCCGAACUGUCACCUACGCGGGGGCGACGACCUCCAUGUCGGCGGACCCCGAGAUGGUGGGCCGACUCGUCGUCGGCACGGCGGACGGCAGAGCGCUGGUCUACAAGUGA